UGGGACGCCGAUGACCUGGUGGCCCUGGGCUACCUGCAUGAGCCGGCCGUGCUGCACUCGCUCCGCCGGCGCUUCCUGGAGGCCAAGGCCAUCUACACCUACUGCGGGAUCAUCCUCGUCGCUAUCAACCCCUACGAGCCGUUGCCCAUCUACGAGGAGGAGGUGAUCUAUGCCUACAGCGGCCGCAACAUGGGGGACAUGGAUCCCCACAUCUUUGCUUUGGCGGAGGAGGCGUACAAGCAGAUGUCCUGCUGGACCGCGGGCUGUGGCAGCUCACGUCCCCUCAUCAUCAGCGGUGAGUCGGGCGCAGGGAAGACUGCGUCGGCCAAGUAUGCCAUGAGAUAUUUCACCGCCGUCGGGGGCUGCCUAGGCGACUCCAGCAUGGAGGAGAAGGUGCUGGCCUCCAGCCCCGUCAUGGAGGCCUUUGGGAAUGCAAAGACAACCAGGAAUGACAACAGUAGCCGCUUUGGGAGGUACAUCGAGAUCGGCUUCAGCCAAGCGCGUGUCACAGGGGCCACCAUCAAAACCUACCUGCUGGAGAAGUCCCGUGUCACCUUCCAGGCGAAAGCAGAAAGGAACUACCACAUCUUCUACCAGCUCUGUGCCUCGGCCACCCUGCCGGAGCUCCGGGGCCUGGCUCUCUGUGGGGCAGAGUCCUUCCAUUCCCAUCCCUCCGGAUUGUGCGAUGCCGGGGGUCAGACCAGCGCGGGGCGGGGGGCCUGGGCAGUCCCUCACGCCUGCGCCGUGCCCGCAGGUGUCCCGGAGGCCGACCAGCUGGAGCUGUUCAGCGUCCUGGCGGCCAUCCUGCACCUGGGCAACAUCGUGGUCAGAGGGAGGGACCGCCGUGGGGAUGGCUGCUCUGUGGAGCCGGCCGAUGAGGCCCUAGGGCUCUUCUGCACGCUGCUGGGCAUCGAGGCAUUGCAGGUGACGCGCUGGCUCUGCCACCGCAAGCUGGUCACUGCUGGUGAGACCUACCUGAAGCCCCUCUCCAGGCAGCAGGCACUUGACUCCCGGGAUGCUCUGGCCAAGUAUAUGUAUGGGCAGGUCUUCAGGUGGAUGGUGAGCAGGGUCAACCGUUCCCUGCGGUCACUGGAGGGCCACCGUACCUCCAUUGGCAUCCUGGACAUCUAUGGGUUUGAGAUGUUUGAGCUCAACAGCUUUGAGCAGUUCUGCAUCAACUAUGCCAAUGAGAAGCUGCAGCAGCUCUUCAACCUGCACGUCUUCAAGCGGGAGCAGGAGGAGUAUGUGACUGAGGAGAUCCCUUGGGUCUUCAUUGACUUCUGUGACAACCAGCCAUGCAUUGAGCUCAUCGAGGGCCGGCUUGGUAUCCUGGACCUACUAAAUGAGGAGUGCAAGAUGCCCCAAGGCAGUGAUGGGAGUUGGGCACAGAAGCUUUAUCAGACCCAUCUCGGCAGCUCCCACUUCCAGAAGCCCAAGAGACCCACGGAUGCUUUUGUUGUCUGCCACUUUGCCAGCAAGGUGGAAUACCAGUGUGAUGGGUUCGUGGAGAAGAACAGGGAUGCCGUCCCCGAGGAGCUGGUGGGGCUGCUGCGAGCCAGCAAGAAGUCUGCCCUGCUCGCUGAGCUCUUCCUGGAAGAGGGGGACGGCCCCGUGUCCCUGCAGUCCCGCAGGUCCAGCGGGCCCAGGAUGGCUGGUCGUCCCAGCCGCAGAUCACUGCCCAGUAGCCAAAAGAGCAAGAAGUCCAUCUCCAGCCAGUUCAAAGCCUCCCUGAACCGGCUGAUGGAGAUGCUGGGCAGCACCACACCACACUACAUCCGCUGCAUCAAACCCAACGAUGGCAAACAGCCCUUUGUGUUUGACUCCAGGCGAGCAGUGGAGCAGCUACGAGCCUGCGGGGUCCUGGAGACCAUCCGGAUCAGUGCCUCAGGCUACCCUUCCAGGUGGACAUACCAGGAGUUCUUAGAGAGGUACAGGGCUCUGCUGAGCAGAGAGGAGCUGAUGGGUACUGAUGAGAAGCAGAUCUGCAGCCUUGCCCUUGAGAGACUGCUCCAAGACCCCAGCAAGUACCAGUGUGGGAAGAGCAAGGUGUUUUUCCGGGCUGGCCAAGUGGCUUACCUGGAGGAGCUGUGGUACCGGCGGCUGAGGGCAGCCUGCACCGUGCUGCAGAGGCACCUGCGGGGCUGGCUGGCACGGAGGCGCUUUGGACGGGCACGCGCCGCG